UGUACUAAAUAAAGCAGGAAUGCUUAACCUUAUUUUAUAAUACCUACAAUGCUACUCCCUAUUUAGAUAAUAAGUUGAUUCUAACCUUAAAUUCUUGCAUGAAACAUCAAAAAUGACUAAUAAUCGGUUAGAGUAACAUUUUUUAUUUUAAACACUUAGAGUUCACAAAAGGUUUAUUAAUAAAAAAAAAUAAAAUAAUUUCCAUUAAUCUAUUUCAUUGAUUAACAUCAAGAGUGUGUGUAGUUUGUAUAAAAAUGCCGACUAUUAAUGUCAAGCGUGACUUAUUGUUCAAAACUCUUGGUAAAACAUAUUCGGAUACCGAAUUUCAAAAUUUAUGUUUUGAUUUUGGCUUAGAAUUGGACGAAGUGACAACAGAGAAGCAAAUGGUAAUGAAUGAGCAAAAUUUAAAUUAUAGCACAGAAAUAUCAGAAGAAGUUAUAUAUAAAAUUGAUAUACCUGCAAAUAGAUAUGAUUUACUAUGUUUGGAAGGUUUAGCUCCAGCACUUCUUGUAUUUUUAAAUCAAAUAGAUAUACCUCGAUAUACAACAAUAUUUCCAAGUGUAAACAGACAGAAGAUUAUAAUGACAGAACAAUGUGUGAAAGUCAGAGGGCAUAUUGUUGCGGCUGUUUUACGUGAUAUUACAUUUACAAUGGAUUCCUAUAAUAGCUUCAUCGAUCUUCAAGAAAAAUUGCAUCAAAAUAUAGGCAGAAAAAGAAAUUUAAUAUCAAUUGGAACUCAUGAUUUAGAUACUGUUAAAGGUCCAUUUUUAUAUGAUGCAAGACCACCAACUAAUAUUUAUUUUAAGCCACUUAAUCAAGAUAAAGAAUAUACAGCGGAAGAAAUUAUGAAUUUAUAUAGUAACCACGCACAAUUAAAACAAUACUUGCAUAUUAUAAAGGAUAGUCCAGUUUAUCCUGUAGUAGAAGACAGUAAUGGAGUUGUUUUAUCUCUACCACCUAUUAUUAAUGGAGAUCAUUCAAAAAUUACACUCAGUACUAAAAAUAUAUUAAUCGAAUGUACUGCAACAGAUUUAACAAAGGCAAAAAUCGCAUUGGAUACUAUAGUUUGUACUUUUAGUCAAUACUGUAAAAUAAAAUAUACAAUAGAAAUGGUGGAGAUCGUGUAUCCUGAUAAACAAGUAUUUCAUUAUCCAGAUUUGAACUAUCGAAUUGAGGAAAUUGAUUAUGAGAAAGCAACAAAAUAUAUUGGUAUAAAACAAACUGCAGAAGAGGUAGCUAAUUUACUUUCUAGAAUGUCUUUGAAAACAUCUGUUAAAGACAAUAACAAAUUGAACAUCAAGGUGCCUCCCACAAGACACGAUGUAAUACAUACGUGUGAUAUUUAUGAAGAUAUUGCUAUAGCAUAUGGAUAUAAUAAAAUUCAGAAAACUAUACCAUAUUUAUCGACUAUUGCAGAAGAGUUUCCGUUGAAUAAAUUAUCUGAUCAAUUACGGAUAGAGUUGGCUUGUGCUGGAUUUACAGAAGCAUUAACUUUUUCAUUGUGCUCUCGCGAAGAUGUAGCGGAUAAAUUAGGUCAGGAAUUGUUGAACAUACCAGCUGUUCAUAUAUCAAAUCCAAAAACAUUGGAGUUUCAGAUUGCACGUACUACUUUAAUACCAGGAUUAUUGAAAACCUUAGCUGCAAAUAAAAAGAUGCCACUUCCCCAUAAAUUAUUCGAAGUUUCUGAUAUUAUAUUAAAAGAUGACAACGUAGAAGUUGGUGCGCGUAAUAAUCGACAUUUAUGUGCGGUAUAUUGUAAUACAUUUGAUGGUUUCGAAAUAAUCCAUGGCUUAUUGGAUAGAAUGUUACAAAUAUUAGAAAUACCUUGGAGUAGCAAUAAAAAUAAAAAUGGAUAUUAUCUUCGUGCUGUAGACGAUCCUACUUUCUUUCCUCAUCGUUGUGCGGAAAUAUUAUGUUAUGGCAAAGUGAUUGGAAAGAUGGGAGUUUUACAUCCAGAUGUAGUUUCAAGAUUUGAACUAAAUACUCCUUGUUCCGUAUUAGAAAUUGACAUCGAAUGCUUUUUAUAACACUUACUAUAAUACUUGUUAUUGACAAUAUGUUGAAAUAAAUCAUACAUUUUUCCUA